AUGGACGAUAAACAGAAGAACCAACUCCUCAAGUUGGUUUUAAUGGCAUUGGCAGCUACGUUUGCACCAAUCUGGAUCCCUGUUGCGGUCAUAACAAUGGUACCAACAUUCCUCAUCCUGGCAGGAAUUCUGAGCACCAUUGCUCUCGGCAUAACAACGAUUCUAACUAUUCUAUUGGGCGUCUUUGGAGUACCCUUGUUGUUUAGCACAGCUGUCACCGGGAUGGCAUACUUGGUGUACAAAGCUUUUGAAAAAAUUGUUGCAAAAGUAAAAUGCAUUCUCAAACGAUCCCUCAGCGAACUGAAUAUUACUGGAAGAAUCCAGUCAUGGUUCAAUCUGAAAAAGUUCUUAAUGGUAGGUAUUUCUAAAACUACAUCAAAGUUUCUGUAAUAAGCUCUGUGUACAACGCCAAAAUGCAUAUUUUCACUCUCGUAUAGUACGCUAGCAUUUCAAGCCUUUACAGCCUACACCCUACAGGUAGUUUUUCUAGCAGAUCUAAAGUUGAUCAAAAUUGCUCUGCAGAAGGUUAAUAAAGCUGUUUAACUGUUUUACACGUUCGAAACUGUGUUAAAUUCAUACGAAAGUAAAUACAAAACAAGAUUUCCAUACAUACAUACAUAAAUACAUCAUACAUGCCUAAACUUCUUAGUAACAAAAAGGGAUACCUUACUUUUGGUUUUUGGGCCAGUACUUUCUGCUACCCUGCGAGCAGAGCCUGAUUUCUCCCGAGAAAGGGGGAGGCUCUGCUUUACGGCAGAGUAGAAUGCUGUGGCCAUGCUCACAAUUUCUUUGUGAAAACGUGCCUGUUGUAACAUUCCAUUAUGAUGAGAAUUAGCAAUAUUUUAACAUUUUAAUUUCCUGUUCCUCUCUCCAACAUUUUAAUAUUUCAUAUCUACAUAAGCAUGCAUUUACCCUUUAGGUCCUGCCAAUUAUUAACCGAUUCGUGGACAAUGGGGAACGUCAACGACCAGUCUAUGAAGAGGAGAAUGAAACUGAAACUGUGGUUUCUCGUAUUAGACGACCAGUAAGUUUUUAAGUUGUUCAAAUCGCUCAACGACACCCGUAAGAACGCGCAAGUUGUCAGGGCCUUUUUUAAGGAUUUUCCUGGGGGGGGGGGCAUUUUUUGAAAAGGUACCUUUCUGUGAGGUAAUAUAUUAGAUUGGGAUAGGCUGAAGGCCACGUGUGUGGCCGACAUACCACGCAUGAUUGGAGGGGGUCUGGGGGAGUAUUCCCCCAGAAAAUUUUUUGAAAUUUGAAUCCCGGAAAUGUCAUUUCCUGCAUUCUGAGCAUCCAAAUUUGCUCCAAAAUUUAUGCUAACUAUACUAGUAUUUGAGAUAAAUAAAGGAAAAAACGCACAAAGUAAAAAAAAAAUUAACAAUAAUUUAUCAUUACUUAUUAGAGGAGGAUAGCAAUGGUCACGUGUGUGGGUGUGUACUCCCUCAGAACAUUUUUGAAAUUUGAAGCACGGACCGGAAAUGCCAUUUCCUGCAUUCUGAGCAUCCAAAUUUGCUUUAAAAUUUGUGCUAACUAUACUUGUAUUUGAAAUAAAAGGGGAAAAUGCACAAAAAGUAAAAAAGAAUAUUAAUUAACCUAAUUUAUCAUUACUUAUUAGAGGGAUAAUCCCCAGAAAUUUUUUGAAAUUGAAACCCGGAAAUGCUAUUUCCUGAAUUCUGAGCAUCCAAAAAGUAAUAAAAUUAUUAACAACAAUUUAUCAUCACUUAGUGGUAGAAAUUUAAAUCGAUUUUGUUAAAUAAGGACAAAGGAUAAAGCCUAAAACUUACUUUCCGUUUAUCUAUUUGUUAAUCUUCGCUGGUUUGUUUGUAUAAGGGACUUUUCCUGGGGGGCAAAAUGUGAUUUCGUGGGGGCACAAGGGGGGACUGGGGGGAGGGCAUUUGCCCCUCCAGCUUGUAUGUUAAAAAAGGACCUGCAAGUUGUUACAGAUCCGUGUAAACAAGUUGUAACAAGGUUGUUAUGAAGCCGAUAUCAGGAUGUGUUCGCACUGCUUGUUCCCAGUUGUUGUGACAAGUCUGGAACAACACCUUGUUACAAGGUUGAUGACGGUAACAGACUUGCUACGAGUUGUUCCAACAACACUAAUACAGGCUGUUCGUAACAAGUUGCUACGAGCUUGUUGUUACCAACCUGUUAAUAACUUGUUACGUGCAGACGACAUCAGACUUGUUGCAAGUCUGUUAGCCUCAUCAACCUUGUUACAAGAUCAUAACUAGAUUUUUUUCCAAAUUUGUCAAGAACUGGGAACAAGCAGUGCGAAUAUAUCUUGUUGACAAGCUGCGAGAUUUCUCCAGAGCACCCGGAGAAAACCGACAACUUUUGGCAGAGCGUUGCAUGUUUCACAUAAAAAGCAUUUGCUCUGAGGGACUCCGCCGAAACCCCACUGAUUUUUUCGUUUGAUUUUCUAGAGCACAUACCGAAUGCCUUUCCCCAGGGCAAGUCUUCCUGCAUUUUGUUUUUCCGAUGAAGACAAUGGCCACGAAAUUGAAAUCUUCUUUAACCAAGUUGAAGAAUUGCAUUCCACUAUUUGUGCCUUGCGUACGUCGGCGCGGGAUCGUGCUGUCUCGCGCAGGGACACAAGACGCAACACCGUGGGUUAG